GCUGUGUGUUGCUGUUGCUGCUUCCUCUUCCACGGCAGUGUUUAUCUCACGUUUUUGUUUUUGCACUGAUAACGCGACGCAAUUAGAGAAUAGUUUUUCCCAAGCCGAUGGAAAAGUGCUUACGAUGAGUGGCAAUUUACACGGGCUAAGCUGGUUUCCCCACUUCCCCGACAAGUUUGUGUCGUGGGGCCAGGAAAUCCACUUGUACGAGGUGCGCAGCAAGGACGAUCACAAUCACAGCCAGAAAAGUCGCCUGCCGUAUAUAUCAGUAAAUUACCUGGCCAACGAGUCCCGCUACCAAUAUGCCCGCUGCGUGGCGGCCUCCUAUCACAGUGAUCAGCCCAUUAUUGCCGUGGGCCUGGCGGACGGCAAGGUGGGGAUCUGCAAUUUCCGUGACACCUACGACAGCAGCUGGGAGUACACACCACGGCAGCAGCGCAUGUGCACGUGCCUUGCCUGGAACGAACUGGAUGCCAAUAUACUGGCCAUUGGACACGAUCGCCAUCGGAACGACACUUGCAUCACCAUUUGGGACAUAGAGCGCGGCGUGCCCAAGGAGACGUCCAACUUCUUUGGCGUCGGCGAGUCCGCCAAUUCGCUGUGCUGGGACCGCAAUCAUCGCACUGUUAUUGCCGGCAUGAGCCAGAAGAUGAUCAAGCUCUUCGAUCUAAGGCAAAGCAACGCCACCUGCCAGAGCAUUCAAACGAAGACGGUCCAGGGCCUAUCGGUGUCCCCCAAUGGCAACUAUCUGUGCAGCUACGUGGACUCUGUGAUCACACUGUGGGAUCCGCGCAACAUCAAGAGUCCGCUGCGUCAGAUCCAGUCCUCCAAGAAUCACCUGCAGAUAGCCUGGUGCCCGACGAGGACGAGCCUGCUCUCAUCCCUGCAGCGGGACUCUGCCUAUCUCACUCUGUACGAUAUCAGGAGUGUGGAUAAUGAAAACUCCGGCGAGAUUUACCAUGUGAAAAGACAGAUCAGUCCGCUUCCUGCAAAGUAUCAGCACAGUGGAAAGUUCGCCUUCGUCAACUGUCAUUCUUGGCAUUCGCGAGACUUUGAGAGGACGCUCGUUCUGGCGGACGCUCUGAAUAUUCUAGAUUUCCGUCUGCCCGCCACCUUACAUACCGCUCACAGUAAUCGCCGGAAGUUGCCGCUACUGAUGCAGCAUCCUCUGUAUGCCGCUGCCGCCGCCACACCCUCUUCAACGAAUGCGGCUACGCCCACUCAGCAACUGCCCACGAGCAGCUGCAGCACAAAUAGUGGAAGCUGUCUAGAUUUCCAUAGUCCGGCUGGCUCCGCCCUAAAUGUGGACUAUCUGGAGCCGGAGCUGUUCGAACUCGAUCUGGUGGACGAGACGCGUCAGCGCGCUCUGGAAGAUUAUGGCAUUAGGCCAGAUAACAAGCGAUUCGCCGAGCUCCAUUUGACGCCAUACCUGCGCAACGUCUGGGCCACCUUGCUCAACGUGUACAGCGAGGAUCGGUUGACGGGCCUAAAGGCCACGUUGGGCAUCAAUUUGGGGCACACGUCGGAGGCCUUGAUGGCCAGUUCCCGCAUUGAAUCUCAGCUGCUCCAGUGGCCGGAGGGAAUUAACAACUCCAACAAGCUGAUAUGCUACAGGAGCGAGCAGCGUGAUUCGGCUCUCAACCUGUGCGGCUGGGUCUUUGAGCACGAGCUGGAGCGCUUCGCUGACCAGCUUUUCGCCAACAAGGAAUACAGCCGAGCGGCCAUGAUUUGUGUAUUCCAUUUGAAGAUCUAUCACGCCUGCACAAUCCUCUCGCUGGCAGCGGACAAAAUGAAGGAUCCCAGCAUGUUCAGGAUCACAGUGAUAGCCCUGUCCAGCUUCAAUGCGGAUCGGUGCAGCUCCUCGUGGCGGAAUCAGCGCUCCAGCGCCAAUAUGCAGAUACAGGAUCCACAUUUGAGGGCCAUCUUCUCGUUCCUCACCAUGGAGAAGGAUAACUUUGAGGCGGUGCUCAAAGAGGAGGGCGUUUCGCUGGCAGAUCGCAUGGCCUUCGCCUGCAAAUACCUAUCCGAGACGAAGCUGGCCGACUAUGUGACGCAGCAGAUCCAGUCGUCCAUAGACAGUGGGGAUCUGAAUGGAUUGCUGCUCACCGGAGAGUCGCUGGACGGCAUCAGCAUACUACAGUCCUACAUGGACACCAGCUUCGAUGUCCAGACGGUGGCCCUGGUGGCCAUCAACUAUUUCCGCCAGGAGCACUUCGCCGACAAGCGCAUCCAAUACUGGAUAGCUAGCUACUUGGACCACCUCAACAGCUGGGGCCUGUGGGAGAAACGCGCCGAGCUGGACAUCAAAAUAGAGAGCAUUCGAUCAUCGUCGCGCAGCUCUCGUACCGUAUUCCUCUCCUGCAAUUUCUGCGGCAAGUCCGUGUCGAAUGCCCUGCUAGACGAGCCACGUCCGAGGAGCACCACCACCAGCACCAAUCGUCUCGCCUCCUGCCCCAGCUGUCGGAAGCCAUUGCCGCGCUGCUCGCUUUGCUUGAUGCACAUGGGCACCAUGGUGAACAUGAGCAAUGGCGAGACGCCGCACACCGAAGUCUCCUCCGGCUGGCAGACGAAGCCCUUUUCCAAGUGGUUUUCCUGGUGCCAGACCUGCCGUCAUGGCGGUCACACCGAACAUAUAAUGCAGUGGUUCAAGCAAAAUUCAGAGUGUCCGGUGUCCUCGUGCAACUGUCGCUGCUUCGAUAUGGACGGCACCAAGCCGAAUACGCUAAGAGACAUUUCCUAGCUGUCCGGACUCCCGAGGACAGACAGCCCAUCCACAGCCUCCAAACACGCCCAUAUGCCAUAUGCAUUAAGUUGUUCAGUUGUUCCAAAACGCGCGCGCCUUAAACAAAAACUCAGAAGUGUUCAUUGUACUUAGACAACAGGGGAUGGAUGUACCCGUAGCUUUAGUGUUUAUUAUGACCUACCAGCUUUUAGCUGCUCAAUUGCAUUUUAUAUUUACAUUCAAAAUAAAGGACUAGAAAAAGA